AGAGACGAGCACAAUCCCCUCUCUCCAUUUCAUCCUUAGUCAUUGUUUAUAGGACAUAAAGGUCAUAGUCGUUCACCGUCAAUUGACGGCAGCGUACGGCAGCGUACCUACCCACCGCUAUCGGCGAUCCGCACUUCGGCCCACCUCUCGAGUCUGCACUCUUCACUUCUCCGAUCCUUCCUCAUCCGCCUCUCGAGCACAAGAUUCAAUCCAUCAUGCCUCGAACAGAUCACUCUCUUAAUCCAUAGAGGGAUUAAACAUCGAUGGGAAGCGCAAAAUUCAAUUGCUUCAAUCGAUAGCCAGGAUGAGAGGAGAGGGUUCGUUAGCCACUACAGACAGCAAAUGGAAAGGGGGUUUGAGCGUUGACAUGAGUGGGAAAAGGAAUAAAUCACCAAGCUAAAAUUGUAAGUAAAUAUAACUUAAUGGAUUGGAGACAUGAUUAGAAUAAAAUUUGAUACUAUAAUUCAAAAAUAUGUUGAAAAGUUUGUUUAGGGGUUAAAGGGUACGCAUAAAAAAGUAAUAGGACCAACUAAUCAUUUAAAAAUUGUAAAAAUUAAAUAAUUUAAUUCCAAUUAUUAAACACCGUUAGAUUAGAUCUACGGUGUAGAAAUCCUGUCGCAUAGUAUGUGUCUGACGCAUACGAGUGUGAUCCAUAUAUAUAUAUGGUAAUGACUAGUAUUAGGGGUGGCAGUUUGGUUUUCGGUUACCGGUUAACCGAUAACCGAAAUUUUUAUGCUUCGGUGGUUGUCGGAGCUCCUAAUAGGUGAUUCGGUUAACCGACUAACCGAAAACCGGUUACCCUUUUAACCGAAAAUGACCAAAAAUAACCGGCCAACCACCCCCUGACUCGACUCUUCAGACCCUCUCAAUCUGAAUCUCUAGCGGGCGACUAACCCCCACCGGAGUAGACAGAUUGAGGCCCUAAGAACAAAACCUCCACUACCGGAGUAAAUCCGGUACAGAAUAGUGAGUUGGCUCCUCGACUAAAGUCACCAACUCCCUACCUUCAAUCAAGGAUACCCUAUUAACCUAGGCAGAUAUUCUCAUUCUAGGUUAAAGCAGAAACAACAGGAAUUUGAUCAGGAUUCAAGUCAUUCAAUCAUUAAAACCUCAAUCGAAUAUAAUCAAUCACAGAAUCAGUACUUGGGUUCAUACAAUCAAAGCCUAACAUACAAAUCUAGGGUUCUCCAUACCCAGAUGAAUGGGAGAACUACUCCAUAGAAAAGAAAGCAAAAGUAGAAUCAGACACGGAAUUCAUACUGCGAAGGAUGGAUUCCUGCUUCUGGACGUUGAUUGGCACUUCUCCAAGCUCAAGCUGGCCUCCAAUGGUGUUGAAGAUCAAUCUAGGGCACUUGGGAACUCUUGCUCGUCACUUUCUCUCUCUAGGAAUCGCUCUCUUUCUCAAAAACCCGAAUCCCCGCGAAUUGUGGCUGAAAUUCUGCUUAAAAGGAGAAAAUCCCGACUCACACGGCCAGGGUGGCACGGCCGUGCAGCUCACCCAGUUGCCCGUGUGAGUCAAAACGCAUCGUUUCAUUUAGUUCGAAUUCCAGGCUCUUUGCAAGGCCAGAAUGGCACGGCCAUGUGGACAUCCCCUCUUGCCCGUGUUUGCUCUCGCAGAAUGUGGCACGGCCAACCCGGCCACUUGCACGGCCGUGUCGAUCCUCUGCUCUGCCCGUGUGUGCUCUCGGCAAAACUCGCACGGCCAGGCCAUUACUUCACACGGCCGUGUGAACAUCAGGGCAGCCCGUGUGACCUCCUUUGUGACUUGUCUUGCACCCGAUCUUCACCCAAUCGACCCCGAACUCGCUCCUAAACCUUCAUUCACUUGCCAGGACCUGAAAUAUCACAAACAAGCACAACCUAGCGUGAAAUCGGUCUAAAACACGAGAAACCACCUCUCAAACGGUGUAAGAACAGGGGUGAAAACAUGUGUAACUAACGGUCUAUCAAACUCCCCCACACUUAACCGUUUGCUUGUCCCCAAGCAAACCAAGUCAGACACAAGGUAAGCUCAAAACAACAAGGCAUGACAUAUCGGCACAAAACACGUGGAUCAUACUGGCUUUCGAUCAGUAACACAUGGACAACUUCAAUGACAACCUAGACAACCACCACUGAUGACAUUCGAAUGCAACAAAAAUCGAGCAAAGGAAGAGUUUCCCUUCUGUUCACCAACCAACAUAGACUUAACUCAACCACUUGUUCAAAACAGUCACAUCAUGCACAAACUUCAAGGUAUCAGAAGUAAGACCGAGCAAUCAAGGUCCUCACCGGGAUAAAGAGUAUAAAGAAUA